GUAAUCGCUAUCACUCACUGAUAACGGCAGUCGCACCACCGCCGCCCGCCAGCCGCCCGCGCCAUGGAUCCCACGAAGUUCCCCGUACACUUCGACGGGAAAAAUUACGACAUCAAACGCUUCCUACGCGACCACCCCGGCGGGGUAAACACCCUAAAAAAAUACAAGGGCAAGUCCAUAGAGCAGGCCAUGAGCGCGUACGGACACAGCACCAGUGCUUACCACAUGUUGAAUGACUUCGAAGUGAAAGAUGUGAAUUUGACAGGCAAAGUGAGUGCGAACGGCAGGAUCAUCACUAAAGAGGAGUCCUCGAGGAAUGCUGAGGAGAUCGCCAUGUUGGAGGAGCUUGAGGCACGACUGGACUGGUCCAAGCCAAUCGUGUCCCAGCUGGAUGCGAUAGCACCCCACUACGAGAUGUGGGUCAACAGUGCUGUUUACAGAAGAUGCAGGCUUUUCCAGAGCCCUAUCCUGGAGAGCAUGACGUUCACCCCCUGGUAUCUGGUGCCGGUGUUCUGGAUACCGAUCAUAAUGUACCUGCUAGCAAGGAAUUUUCUGGAGCAUGUUGCUUGUGGAGACUCCUGCACAGAUCCCUUAAAUCCGAUCCAGUUCCUGGGCCACAUGGUGAUGGGAGUGUGCAUCUGGAGCGCCGUGGAGUACAGCCUGCACCGGUGGGUGUUCCACCUCGACCCUGGGUCCUCGAUCACGAUGAUCAAGCUCCACUUCCUCAUACAUGGCCUUCACCAUAAGAUGCCGUUCGACGGACUUCGUCAGGUGUUCCCGCCUAUCCCAGCGUUGAUUCUCGCCGGGAUCCUCUACAUUCCCUUUUGGAUGUGGAUCCCGUAUCCCGAGGUCAAGUUUGUUGGAGGCCUUAUGGGCUACCUGACCUACGACAUGAUCCAUUACUACGUGCACCACGGCUCGCCGCGAGACGGGUCCUACCUGUACGUGAUGAAACGGUACCAUUCCAACCACCACUUCGUAAACCAUGACAAAGCAUUUGGGAUCACAAGCAAAGUAUGGGACCUCGUAUUCCAAACCUACGUGAAAGUCAAGAAACUGGGUUUUAGUUUACAAUGGUAGAUUUGUAAAUAGUAGAUUACUUAAAAAUAAGGGCCUUGACACUUAUCGGUAAAUAGGGUUCCGUAGUAGACUACUUACCCAAGGAACCUUAGCAUACGAUAAAGACAGUUGUCAGUUGUUAUUUUAUCGAAAAAUUACA